AUGUCAGAAAUCACAUCCACGCCCAGCAGUACCGGGUCGUCAUUUAAUCCUUACACAGACGGUGCUGCCAUGGAGCAAGGCCAUUCGACUUAUCAGCCUAGAGGCUCAACAAAUGAUUUAAAUGCUUCCGAUAGCUUUCAGCAACAUCACUCUACGGAUCCCGAUGUGGCAAUUAAUCAUGUGUCUAACACCAAAGCCACGAAUAUUGCAGUGGCCCCCAACUUUCUUGAUGAACGCGGCAAUCAAAAUCAUACUCCAAUGCUGAAACGGAAGCGGUCGACAAAUGACCUUCAAAUGUCCAUGGACUCCAGCAACCAAUACUCUAUGGAAAGUCUUGCCAGACGUGACGACACUCCUAGAAUGGAACCCGUUCGUGAGUCACAUUCAACUACAUUUUCUCAGGAUGGCAACAAACGUGUAAAAUCCAACCAUCUCAAUGGGUCAUGCGUUCUUCCCUCAGGGAAGAGCCAUGUACAGUCAGCCACUCCUUUCGAUGGAUCUCUAUUACCGGGAGAAGUAUGGCAGCAUAUCUUCACAUUUCUUCCGCCUACCUCAUUAGGUCGCGUUUUAUGCGUGAACAAGGCCUUCAAGUCCCUUCUCACUCCAAGUGAGUCGGAGUUGCCCGAUUUUCCUCAAACGUCGGGAGCGUUAAAGUAUCUUAUCCCUAAUUCCAUCUGGUCUGUUUCUCGGAGAGCCUUUUAUCCGGGAAUGCCACGCCCGCUGUCUUUCCUGACGGAGUUGGAAAUGUGGAGACUUGUCUAUGGAAAUACUUGUCAGUUCUGUGGAAAGUCCAGUUCCAGUUCAUCCUUAACCGAUAAUACAAUAUGGGAAGCCGGGCCAGGUCUUGGUGGAGUUCGUAUUAUUUGGCCUUUCGGGAUUCGAGCUUGUGGUGAAUGUAUCAAGUCCAAAUCUGAAAAGGAAAUGGAUCUUUUAUUCUCUUCACUUCUGCCAUCCAUACUAAUUCCAUCUCUUCCCUUUGCGUUUUUUACCCCGUCAAUGCAUUUUGCUUCCUCAGUAACUUUGCGCAACAAUCAACCGCCAACUGACAUGAUCCUGACUAAAUACUUUUACAAACCCCAUGUCGAUGACAUGAGGCGUAAAUUUGAGGACGUUAAAUCGCUUGGCCCUGCCGCAACUGAGGAGUGGAUCAAGGGCCUUGAAGGCAAUGGCAAGGACAAGCUUGCUGAUGCUGCUCGCUUAGAACAAUGGGAAGCAUCAGGUGGUCUUCGAUCCAUUCGGCUUGCUCGAAUCCAUCACAGCGAAGCCCCUUUGCCGCCCUCUUCCCUGGAUUUCGGUGUGAGAAAUCAACCUAUAGACAUGACUACUGGGUAUUCUGGACAAUCUACUCCACUCACCAAUGACAAAUCUAUCAACGGCCAGAGCAGUCCCACUACUCUUUCACAUACUUCUGGUUCUAAACUUCCCCCACGCCCAAUGAGUCCUGAUUCAAGUCAACCUUUAUCGUCCUCAAACUCGGCGCAUCACCCACGGACGGAACGUAGCCUCCGAGAAGUCAAUGAGGCAAAGGCAAGUCGCAAAGCCGAAAUAGAGCGGCGCUGUUUAGAUCUUGUACCACCUUUGACACCUGCUGUUCUGAGCCAUAUGGAUUCGUUUUUGGCUGCCAUUCAAAUUCCACAUCCUUUUACUGACCGUGACUGGGCCAUUUUGAAGCCUCGCUUAUUGUCACAACGCGAUGCUGCAGAGCGUCGAGAACAAGAUAAGGUAAAACAUGACCAAUUUCUCCAAGCCAGGUCUGAGGAGCGUCGACAGCAAGACGCACAAUAUAGAGAAGCCAAAGAGCAGCUAGACAGAGAAUGGGAUGAGGCACAGAAACCUGUCCGAGAUCGCAUGGCAUUGUAUGCAGACGAAAUAAUCCGUGAAGGAUGGCGCGGCGGCGAAAUUGUCACCAAAGAAAAAAGCCCAAAAUUUGCUGCUGAUGUGCUUAUUUACGUCAAGGAUAAGUUCUACAGGGACCUGGCGCAAGAGGUCGCCCUGGCCCGUAACACCGGCAAACCUAUCCCUGAGGAUGCCCCCGGCGUACCGCCCACCCGCAAACUUAUCCUUGAAAAUAUGAAGUUCAUUUUUGAUACCAAGAUCAAACCACUGACAGAACAGUUUCAAAAGGAGCUUUUCCUCUGCAAUGGCAGUGGCUGCGAAGGCAAUACUAAAUUUUAUGGAUUCGAGGGCGUAAUCCAGCAUUAUGCUGCAAAGCACACUAAUGUUCUUAGUUUGGGCAGUGUCGUCGUUCACUGGCGUGCUGAAUGGCCGGAACAUUCUCCUUUCCACCCUAAUCCUAAUGCUGCAAAGGCUCUUUUCUUUGCAAUGCCCCGUCCGACCAUGGGACACAUUGGCUAUCCAAACCCGUCCCAUGGCCCGAUGUUUAUGCCCGGCCCAGACCAAGUGCACCAUCAUCCACCAGACGGAGCUCCCGCGUAUCCACAACCUUCGCCUGGACCUUAUAAUCGCACUCCAUUUGGGACUCCGUACGCGUAUGGCUCAGGUCCCUAUCGACCACCAUCACCCGCCUCCCCGUUUUACCCCAAACAGCAAACAAAUUUUGUCUAUCCAGCACCUCAGCCAGGCUAUGCUCCUGGUGGAGGCUACGAGCCCUAUAGGCCACCCCAUCCUCCGAAUCCAGUGUAUGGUUCACCAUUUCCUGGGCAGGCUUAUCCACCACCUUACCCGCCCCCAACUGAUUCAAGGGCUUCUCAACCAUACCCACCUCCCCCAUACCCACCACCAGCGUGUGGCCAGCCACCUUAUGCUGCACCGUAUUCCAGUAACCCGCAUCCACCAAGACGGGGUGGAGCUCCGGGGAAUAGUUCGAAUCCCAAUAGCCAGGCGUUUGGCGUCUACCAAGCCCAACUCGAUGACAUAGCCAAAAAUGCGCGCAGCAUUUGGAAUGGAACAUCUGGUAUCAAGGACCUGCCACAUAAUGUCCGGGCUCAAGUCGUAAUUCACCAUGUUAUAUCUCGGUUUAUAGAACGGUUCGGUAAUGAACCGCCUUUGACACUCUUUGCUGAUGGUUUGAACAACCAUGCUCAAAUGAAACCCAUAAGGAAUCUUAGCGGCCUGGUAUGCAGAACCUGCAGUGAGGCUGAAGGUUCUGGACGUCUGCACCACCAAGACGCGAGUAGAGCCGAUCGCAAAAUCUAUACUCUACCUGCUCUAGUUAGCCAUUUCCAAUCAAUGCAUGUCGACCGCAACAAAUCGACCCCGCAUCCAGGAUCUGAACCGUCGAGGCUGGAAUGGCAACGUGAUAUGUUAGUACUGCCGAACAAUGCGAAAGUUUUAGAAUUGGUUGAGUCUCCCGGGAUGGAUGAUGUCAAACUACAGUUAGUGUCAGCUGCUUUCCCUUGGGUAUUCCCCUCUCCCCCGUCGGCCAACCACACCCCACUUUCAAACCUGAGUGAUAGAAAGCCGCCGGAGUCCCGUGACACCAAACACGUCCAUCGCAGCCACCGCAAUAAUAGACGUUCUAAAUUUGCAGAACAGAGGCCAACCGAUAUGAAGGCCACUUUGCGAAGUCCAAAUCAUCAUGUUGAAGUUGCGGUUGAUGAUUUCCCGAGAUUUGUUGAAUCACCUGCCACGGAUAUCAAUAAAGGCCCAGAUCCACCCAUGGACGAUGAAUAUGAUCCCCAUAGACCAGCCUUCAUUGAACCAGUCAGAAACCAAUAUGAUCGAAUUGAUCUUCGACGUCCAAGGCAAAGUCACACUUCCACAGUCCCUAUCAAGGAUAGAUCUCACAAUAUACGGGAUCAGGAUGCAACCCAUGGCAAUCGUAGUUCGCCUAUCUCGAAGCCAGCCAGAGAGCAGCCUAGUGAUGCUGACCAAACUAAGGGUUAUCCAUACGAUGACCACCGUCAUCAUUCAUCCAGACAACCAUCACAGCUCCCUUCACAAUACAGGGGCCGCCUGUCUAAAUCUGACUAUCCCCAAUCCGUUGUGACCGGUUCCAUAGCUGCGGAACUGCCAAAUGAAUCCAAGAAAAAUAGGACUCCCAUGAGGAACGUUUCGGAGGAUGGUGAAGUGGAGGAAGGAAGUCACGCACAGGAACAUCUCCCUCCAGCACAACCUGCCCCAGCUGAAGAAAUGACGGCUGCGGAACGUUUCUUGAGUAAUUUCGUGCCUGGUCAAGAAUCUGAAGAAUUCAAGAUAAUGACGUCUCGGGGGCCACAGCGUAAAGCUGGUGACUCUACUAAGGGGAGAUGGCUUGAUGCGCCAGAGCAUGAUGACCGGCGUUGGCGUGCUGAAGGAGCUACCGGUGGCACAGCCGAAAGCAGUGUUUCUGGAACCCCUACGCAUAGCAAACAACAUGGAGGCUGGAACCGACCCAAAAGCCCCGUAGUUGGAUGGUUCCGGGACUUCGACUCGAAACAUGACCAGUAUGCGUCUUCCAGACAUGGUGAGGAGGUAUCACCAGAAUCCACCGAUAACCACCGAGGAAGAAAGAACAUGGGUUUCUCAGAAACUCGGCAUCAACCUGAGCACCAAGCAAGGCGUCCUCACAGCAGGUUUGAUAGAUAUGAGGCACAAAGACAUGGCUCUCACCGACCACGUUCCCGUUCUCCGACGCUCUGUGAUCUUCUCCCCAUUGAACCGACGUACUACCGCGAACGCAGCCCCAUGCCACCUCGAGUUCGACAACGCCCAGUCUACGCUGCGCACUCGCCAGACCCAUAUCAUGAUAGGGGUCUGACAGACCAAGCCGUCGGCUUCACUCGUCUUCCGUCUCGUGGUACGUAUCAGUAUGUGGAGGAACCGAGAUAUGGGGAACCACCUUACGAUGGUGCCGUCGAAUACGUUCCUGUCAGAGUUGGCCCACGCGAGCAGCAAAACCCCGGUGGCUAUUACGUAGAACGCCCCAUCCAGCGAGGGGCACCGAGGGAAUAUAUCGACUAUGAAAUAGACUACGCACGUCAACCCCCUUUAGAACCCCACUGCCAGAAUUACCCUGGUGAUAGUGUUUCUGGAAAUAUACACGGCGUCAGCGGUACAGCCCCUAGACAUUCCCGUUAUCGUUAA